AUGUCGGUAUUAGGCUCCUGCAGAAUUCUGUCUCUCCCACCUGUUUUUUAUGAUGACAUGACUUACUGGUAUCCAUAUCAGCUGUAUGUGGAGGGCUUUUCGGGAACUCGUCUAGUGUUUUCCAACUCCACCUCCAUGGUCUUCAGCCCCAGGUGCAUGUCCAUUUUUAUCCAGACCGACAAGAACUACUACCAGCCCGGACAGACGGUCAAAUUUCGGGUUGUAUCAGUUACUCCUGAAGGAAAGCCGUACAGCGGUCGGACUGAUAUUUUUAUUAGGGAUCCCAAGGGGAAUAUGAUUCGACAGUGGCUCGCUGUGGAAAGUUUUCUAGGCGUCAUUUCUAAAGAGCUGAACAUCUCUCAGAAUCCACCACUCGGAUCCUGGAAAAUUACAGCUGGAGUCAAUGAUGUUAUUCAUGAGAGAGCGUUCACUGUGGACCACUAUGUACUUCCUAGAUUCGAGGUAAAGCUGGACGUUCCCUCUGUCGUGUAUUAUGAAGACACACUGACGGGGACGGUCACAGCCAAAUAUUUUUAUGGGAAGCCUGUCAGUGGGUUUAUGGAUGUUACAUUUGUCCAUAGUUUUAAUGGCAUUGAAAUGCGAUAUGAACACACAGAAAUGAUAGAGGGCUCUGUUGAAAUCACUUUUGACAUGCAGGACUUUUCCACACGAUUCAAUGAUUAUUCAUAUACAUAUUAUGAUGGCUACAGACCCAUUGAAUUUAUUGAUGUUAAUGUGAAUGUCACAGAAAGUGCUACAGGUUUAAUGUACAACAGCAGCGCAAGGGUUUCCAUUGUGACAAAUAAAUAUCAGCUAGAGUUUCUGCAAUAUCCACAUAUUGUUAAACCCUCCAUGACCUUCACCGCUAAGCUGAAGUUGAGUCUGUAUAACCAGCGGGCGCUGUCUGCUGAGGAUCGGAAUAUAAGUGUUCGUCUGGCAGUGAUGCAGCACAAGCUCAGCCCCUGGACGUGGAUGUGGAGUGACGGAGGACCUCUAGGGCCUCGUAUGAUGAACAGCACACCUUCCACCAGCUUCACUCCCAUCAGUGAUGGAAGACCUCUAGGGCCUCAUAUGAUGAACAGCACACCCUCCACCAGCUUCACUCCCAUCUACGACCUCCCUGUCCAGAACAUUGAGCUUCCUGUCACUGCUGACGGCUUGAUGUCUUUCCAGAUCCAGCUCUCCGACAGCGUGGCCACUCUGGAUCUAGAGGCACAGAAACUGGCUCUUGGGAUAUGGAAUGUCACCUCACUGGGAAGUAAGGAGCCCGAGCUUGUGCGGGAGGUGGAAAGCUCUACAUUUCAUGGCUUUGCAGUACAGGAGUGUAGGUUUGAUGUGCCUGUCUUCAUGAUGGUUUCAGGCAAGGUUUUAAAGACACAGUCCAGCAUCUUCAGCUCUACAGGAGUUAUUCUUCGCCAAGUAAAUCCUACAUUCAGCUUCACAGAGACAACAAGCCUCAGGUUGGACGGCCCGCUGAAUUUCACUUUGGAGAGCAGUUUUAACUUGACCAAAUUCCACUACCUUGUGACGUCUCGUGCUGGAGUGGUGGAUGCUGGGACAGUUCAGUCGUCCUCCUUCAGUCUGAACACAGAUCACCUGUGGGCUCCCCAGGCUUGUGUGGUGGUUUAUCACACACUUCCAGAUGGAGAGAUCGUGAAUGACGCUCUACACGUCUCUUUCACUGAAGUGCUCAGAAACGCAGUGUCUGUGCGCUGGAGUCAGGAUCGCACAGAACCAGCAGAAUCCGUGUCUCUAUCUGUUUCUGUAUCCGAACCUGGAUCUUGUGCUGGGAAUCCUGGUGGUAGACAAGCCACGCUGAACUCAGCUGAAGACAAUGGCCUCUCGGAGAAGACGGUGCUUGAGGAAGAAUUUCUGUCGUACAGCAGAGAGAUGACCCACACGGAUAACAGAGGCAUGAAAAUGGGAGAUCCGUAUUCUGUAUUCACGGCUUGCGGCGUCACGGUUCUGACUGAUGCCAGGCUGAAUCAGGAGAUGGCGACCAAUCAGGAGAUGUUUCCAAUGUUCCCAGGGGAGGAGGGACUCUUUAUGACUGCGAUGCCUGACAGCAGUAUUCAAGAGCCCAGACAGAGAAAAGACUUUCCUGAAACCUGGAUCUGGCUGGAUGCUAAUGUGAGCCUGACCUCAUGGGUGGCUUUUGCUAUCGUCAUGUCUGAGAAUCUGGGUUUGGGCAUCAGCGCUCCUGCAGAGGUGAUACUGUUCAGAGAUUUUCUUCCUGUCGCUGGACCUCCGGCGUUCCUCAUCCGUGGAGAACUGCUGCUGCUGGAAGUCAAUUUAUUCAACUAUAUGGAUGUAGAUUUGGAGAGCCACGAUGCUGGGAGAAAUUCCCAUCUCUGUCAAAGCCACGUCCGUCUACUCUUCAGACUGGCUCCACAAAACUGUCUAGUCAAGCCAGAAGGACUGCAGCAGUCGUUCACUCAGACCUUGUUUCUGGAGUUUCUUCUGCAGCAGCACACACUGUCCAGGAAGAUGACCUUCAGUUUUCCUGCAGAUGUGGUUCCUGACAGUCAGAGGGCCAGUGUUUCUGCUGUGGGUGAUAUUCUGGGCCCGUCCAUUGGAAAUCUGGACUCCCUCAUUGAUAUGCCUUACGGUUGUGGUGAGCAGAACAUGAUCCAUUUUGCUCCAAAUACCUAUGUUCUCCGGUAUCUUAAAAGCACUAAGCAGCCUGAAGAACAGACCAGGAGGAAAGCUAUGAGCUAUAUGAUGGAAGCUUAUGAGCGUGAGCUUUCCUACCAAAGGGUUGACGGCUCCUUCAGUGCCUUUGGAGACAGCGAUGAUUCUGGCAGCACGUGGUAUACAUGA